AUGAACUUCACUUUCUUGAACUCAAUUCUUGAAAGAGUGUCAUUAAGGCUACCAUUACUAUUCUAUGCAGCAACAUGGACAACUAUUUUGACGAUAAUCGUAGCUGUGGCAUCAUUUUCUCCAGAAUUUGCCUUUGUUUCCGCGAUAACACCUUCUUCUUCCUUCUCUCAAGCUUGUCAUCAUCAUCAUAAUCGUAACGAAAAUGGAUAUGUAAGAAUACCAUUGGAUCUUCCAUUAGAGGUUUUUUGUUUCCCUUCUCAAGUUUUUAAAAGAUCUCAAAUGGAUUUAAUUGUUCCUCCUAUUUUUGCUGCUACUAUUGUGGCUGUAUCUGCUUAUGUUGUUAAAGCUUUUGCUUUAUGGGAAGUUGAUGAUCAACAUAAUCAAUUUUGACUUU